AACGGAUGCCGUCUCCACUAUCGUAUUACAAUUCGCAUUAGAUGAGCUAAAAGCAUCACACGCGACAGCUAUAGAAGCUAUAGGAUCUGACGCGGUAACUCCGCCCCCUCCGCACUCCUGAAGCUGGAAAAUCCCGUCUUAACUCAAAUCCUCAUUUCCGCGUGCUGUGCCCUUCAUUCACAACGCUUCGUGCUGCUUCUUCCAGGCUCUUUUUUAUUAUUAUUAUUUUUAUGUCAAGCCGGAUUUACCGGUUCAUGUACGAAGUGGUUCUCUGCUUCUUCACUUAAAGAUGAAUUGCUGAUCUGCUCGUGCUGUGUGCCUGAUCUAACCGCACACCGCCGCGUGCUGCUUUGAUCACCGGUUCUCCAGUGGAUGCUCCCCCGAGGCAGAACGACCUCCGCCGUCCGUCCCAGCUGAUAACUCUCUCGCAUUCCCGUCAGAUGCGGUAGACAUGAGAAGCAGCGCGAUGGAGCCGCUGAUUGCAUGCUGAUGUUUGCGUCCACGAUGGAUUCUUGUAUGUCCGCCUUAAGCUUCCGAUUUAACCGCAUCCUAAAUGGAGGAGGAGAGUGACAACCGCAAGAUCAACAACAGCUUCCUUCGGGAUCACAACUAUGCAACAGAAGCUGACAUCAUCUCUACGGUUGAGUUCAACUCAACAGGGGAGCUCUUGGCCACUGGGGACAAGGGAGGACGUGUGGUGGUUUUCCAGAGGGAGCAGGAGAGUAAGAACCAGCCUCAAAGGAGAGGCGAGUACAACGUUUACAGCACAUUUCAGAGCCACGAGCCGGAGUUCGACUACCUGAAGAGUCUUGAGAUUGAGGAGAAGAUCAACAAAAUAAGAUGGCUGCCGCAGCAGAAUGCGGCUUACUUUCUUCUCUCCACCAAUGACAAAACUGUGAAGCUAUGGAAGAUCAGUGAGAGAGAUAAAAGACCAGAGGGCUACAAUCUGAAGGACGAUGAUGGGAGGAUCCGAGACCCUGCCACCAUAACAUCACUACGGGUGCCCGUGCUGAGGCCAAUGGACCUCAUGGUGGAGGCGACGCCCAGAAGGGUUUUCUCCAACGGCCACACAUACCACAUCAACUCCAUCUCGGUUAACAGUGACUAUGAGACAUACAUGUCCACAGACGACCUUAGGAUCAACCUGUGGCACCUGGAGAUCACCAACAGAAGCUUCAACAUCGUGGACAUUAAGCCAGCCAACAUGGAGGAGCUGACCGAGGUGAUCACAGCAGCAGAGUUCCACCCUCACCAGUGCAACACGUUUGUCUACAGCAGCAGUAAAGGCUCUAUCCGUCUGUGCGACAUGAGGGCCGCUGCGCUCUGCGAUAACCACUCCAAGUUCUUCGAAGAGCCCGAGGACCCAAGCAACCGGUCCUUCUUUUCUGAAAUCAUCUCGUCGAUCUCCGAUGUCAAGUUCAGCCACAGCGGACGCUACCUGAUGACCCGGGAUUACCUGACGGUUAAGGUGUGGGACCUGAACAUGGAAAGCAAACCCCUGGAGACCUAUCAGGUACAUGACUACCUGAGGAGUAAACUCUGCUCCCUGUAUGAGAACGACUGCAUCUUUGACAAGUUCGAGUGUGUCUGGAACGGAUCAGACAGCAUGAUCAUGACCGGCUCGUACAACAACUUCUUCCGAAUGUUCGACCGCAAUACGAAACGGGACGUGACUCUGGAGGCGUCGCGAGAGAACAGCAAGCCACGGGCCGUCCUGAAGCCACGCAAGGUGUGUGUGGGUGGGAAGCGGCGCAAGGACGAAAUCAGCGUCGACAGCCUGGACUUCAGCAAGAAAAUCCUGCACACCACCUGGCACCCCUCAGAGAACAUCAUCGCUGUAGCCGCCACUAACAACCUCUAUAUCUUCCAGGAUAAGGUCAACUAACACAGGCACAGCUUGGGUGGCCCCGCACGCACGCACGCACACACACACACACACACACACACACACACAUGCGCGCACACACACACACACACACACACACACACAUCCCCCCCCCAACAUGUACGCACAUAUAUACACACAGACAGGCAGACUGGAGUGCCUGAUCGCUGCAUGGGGCCAGUGUUUGGUUGCAGGAGCCAUGAUGCUGGUGGAAUGUGGACUUUUUGUGCUGAAGGAAGCGUGAGAUGGAGCAGGAUACAGACAGCAUGACCAGACCGAAAUUAAGGACGCAGGAAUGACGUGCACUGGAGAGUGUGAAUAAGAUGCGCCGUGCUAUUUUGCAUAACCCAUCCUACUAUCCUAUUUCCAUCACCGCAUCCACAUUUCCUCUCUUUCUCUCUUUAACACCCUUUAUUUAUUCUAUUUAUUUACUUCUCCAUUUGAACGAAAUGCCUGAUGUUUUAAAAUUGAAACAGGGCUGCAUUACAUGCAAUCUUUUAUUUGUAUUGUCAACUUGAACAGAUCUGACUGUAAGGACGGUGUCAAUACGCUUUGUGUGGUCUGUUUUUCAUUGGCUCUCGCAUCAAUGCCCAGGCUUCUGACACCAAAGGGCAAACUAUAAUGAAACUGACGAAGGCCUAGACAGAAAGGACGCAGUACCGUUCCCUAAUGCCCUACAUCCACUACACAACCGUCAGUGAAACUGAAAUGGACUUGAAUGUGGUCAUGCACACAGAUGCUAUGGCCAUAUACAAUCACUGGACAUGAUUAGAGUUCUUUGCUACCUGAUUCUUUGAGAACGCGGAGGUAUAAGUGGUCUGAAGUCAUCGACGUUGCUGUUUUAUUCGUCUUUUUAUGUUAACGUUUCAUUUAAUAAGCUGUGGUGCCUUCUUUUCAUAUGUGGACUUGAGAGCAGUUGGGAAGGGGGGUUUUUGGAUGGUGUGAUAUGUUGGUUUGUGGAACGUGACUGUUUUCUUUUUCCUUUCUUUUUUAUAAAAUGUGGACUGAAUAGCUUUGUGUAAGGAAAAAUGAAUGAAAGUGAUGUAUUCAAGUGUGCAAAAUGUAAGUACUUGAAUUUUGCAAAACAGGUCAUGAUUUAUGUAUGAAGUGUACAUCCCUGGAUUUGACUCGUGCAGUGUUCGGUGGAAGCUGUUAUUGCACUCGUAACGAAUUGCUCUAAUUAACUAAGAGAAUGUCUGUUCAGCAGAGUGCAAACUGCAGCAUGAAAUACUUUUGCCUCUUGUUCAAACAGCUCACAUGUUCCACAAUUGUGCAUUUCUUUGACAGCUAAUGCACCAUCGUACUUUUAAGUAUGUUUCAUGAUGUGGAAGAAAGCGAAAGGCCGGCGAAUAAUGUAGCCUAACUAGACAUGAAGAAUAUAUGAUAUCAGGGAAUUUUAGGUACAAGUCCUUUAAAAAAUUAAAAAAUAAAUAAAAGUAACAUCUAACCAAUUUCAGUUGUGAACUUGUUAAUGGAACAAAGUUUUAUAGCUCAGAAUGUAUUUAAAUGCAAUUGAAUGACAUGCAGUCUUUAUGCUUAAUGGAAUUUGUUGAAAUAAAAAAAUGAAAACGUGCAAGUUGAAAUAGUUUGAUUUGGACUUACUUUGUUCAACUCAGUUUCUAGAUGGCCAGUCGUACAGAGAUUUGUCUUGAAGCUGAUGAAGGGUGUGUGUGUGUGUGUUAAGAAUAAAGCUGAACGGCACCGCUUUUUACGUUAAAGAUGAUCAAGUGCGCCCUCGUGUGGCCAUUCAGAGGAAAAUCUAUUUGGUUUCGUCCGAAGUCACUGCUAGAAACACUACCUGAGGAAACUGUAAUGGUCCCUGUGGGCUGGUAAUUUGUUGCCUUCUAUGUAAGGCAUGUUCUGUCUAGUGGACCCCAUUAAGAACCAAUAAUGGUCAUGGUAAUAGUUUUAAUGGUUAGCUGAUGGUAUUUGUAAUGAAAACCAUUAGAAUUUCUGUGAUUGUUUCUAUUGUUUUUUUUUGUUGUUGUUUUUUUUCAGCAGGGUCCAGAGAAAAAUAAACAGUAUUACAAGCUUAAAACGUACCAUUCCUUGUUGCUGGGGUUGGUACCAUCAGCCUUUGAACUUUAGAUUGGUUUAUGUAGCAUACCCGUCACACUAAUCAUAGUCCAAUUAUGUGCCUUAAAUCUUUUUUAAAAGGUACACUACAUUCACAUUUCCAGGCGAAAGCCAACUUAAAGGUACAAAAGAUAAACGGUACCACCCCAGUGACAAGGAAAUGUACAAUUUAGUAACCUUGUUUCUGAGAGUAUGCCAUUAUAUAGGAUACGAGUAUGUAACUAUAUAGUAAUAAAUUCAGCCUAUCAUAAAACUAGACCAAAGUGUCAUUAUGGAAAGAGUAAACCACUUCCAUGCUGAUUCUGGGUUUAAUAAGUGAAUAAAUACAUACUAGAAAAAGAAUUAGAAGAGAACCACUACAUUAGACCAAAAAUAUUAGACAGUCAGUAACACAGUGGGUAGCUGCCUCCAGCUCCGGUCACAGGUUCAGUCCUGAGAUUCAUUUCUAAAUUGCCCCUCUGUGUGAACAUGUGUGUGUGUGUGUCUGUGAGAGAGAGAUUAUAGAGCUAGUCAAACCAGUCCCUCUGGCAUCAACAAUCAUACCACAGUCAAAAUCAUUGAGAUCACUUUUUUCUCCAUUCUGAUGUUUGAUGUGAAAAUUAACUGAAGUUCUUAAUCUGUAUUUGCAUGAUUGUAUACACUGCACAGCUGCCACACAAUUGGCUGAUUAGAUCAUUUCGUGAACGCAUCGUUGUACAGAUGUUCCCAAUAAAGCGUUUGGCGAUUGUGAAUUUCAAA